CAUAAACCAAGAAUAAAGUGGUCGUGGUGGAGGAGCACAUUCAUAUGACAAACGUAGCUGUAUACAUUUCCAUAUAAAAAAAAAUGUUACAAACCAAGUCUCGUGGAUGAUUGAGCUCUUCCAACUUGAAAUUUAUUCCUACCCUUGGAAAUGUCAGUGAUUUUAUGUGCUCAUCUUCCUAUGAGAUCCACUCUUGUAAGUUUGUAAGUCAAUGAGGAAAAUGACGUCGUCGAGUAUACAGAAGUUUGCAGUGCAUGGAAGGAAGUGUUGCGUGACUGUGACAUGACAUCUUCGCGUUCUAUGGAAACAACGAUUUAACAUCGAGAAUGCCUGAGGUCGAAAUCGAUUCUCUUCACAACUUUCCAAAAGAUGCCGUCGUCGUCGUUCGAAGUCAAUUUCUUCAUCUCUCGACCAGACAGGGGAGGGGGAGGGGGGAAUCUACUGCGACUCUGGGGUCCUACGGCACAGUUGAAGUGCAAGAAGCAGGGGACCUGAGGACCCCUCGGCAGUCAUCCGCAACUUGCAUUCUGUCAUCUCGUCGGCGGAGAUUGUGUGGGCAGCUCAACGCGACACGACUCGUCAGCAGAGGCACUAGUGCGCAGGAAUUUGGCUGACGAUUCGGCCAUUCAUUCAUGCUCCACCCCAGGUCGCUCGCCGAUCUCUGCAGCUGAGCUAUGGCAUUCUUACAUUCCUCGGACUGGGCAGGGAGUGUCGGGUGCAAUCGUGGAUAAUUUGUGCAAGCAGGUCCCGGAUUUUGUGGAUGUGGGAGAGAAGCGGAGAAAAGUGAUGAGCGAGAGCGGUGAAUGAUGAGCGAGAAGGGACGAGGAUGACGAUCGUGGGAUUGUUCCGGAGGUACAAGAGGUGGAAUCCCGUGCAUCCGACGUUCGGUGCAUUCUGGGGAGUCGGGGUCGGAUUGGGCUGUGGCGUGGGAUGGGGUCCGGGAUUUGGCCCUGAAGCUGUGGGAUUCGUGGGUGCGGGAUGUGGAGUCGGAUUCAGCGUGGGCGUCACGUUGAUCGGCAUCGGAGUGGGCCUUCCGGCGAGCGGCCUGACAUGCCUUCCAUUCGACGCGUUGAUGUGGACGGGCAAAGGAGCCUCGAGCCUCACCUUCAACCACGCCAUCCCCGCUCUGGCGUUCGGCGCCAAGCAGAGUUGGCAGGCCAUGGCGCUGCAGUCCGCUGCUCUCGAGAAGGGCGUCCAGAGGUUCUGCGAAAUCGAAGUUCCCAAGGGUCGAGAGUUCAUGCACAGGCUGCAGAUGAGGGUUUCCAAAGGCCUGCGAGCCUCGUCCAAGCCUCCGGGCGAACCUGAAUUCCGGUCACCCCACGUCCACUUCAACCGAGGAAUCAAGAAAAUUGAGAAUUCUCCGACUGGAACUAGCUCAUCGCCUCCGUUCCCGCCUCCGAGGACCGACCGACCACCUGCGACGCUCACGAAGGAUUCUGCUGCUGAUAGGAGCUGACAAUCUGCUCUCGCAACAUUUGUACAUUGUAGCUCAAAUUUCUCAGCAAGGCUAAUUCCAUGGGGACGUAAUUGUGUGUUCACGGAAAAUCUGUAUGGGUGAAGCUCUUUUCAGGUCGCAAAAUGCUUGCUUAAAUGGAACAUACGAGCGGAUUGAAGAUUUCUGGCCUAAGCUCUGCAAAAGAAGGCUGGCUGCUCGCUGGUAGAAUGACAUAUUAUUGGCGUUCUUCGUCUGUAUCCCACCCCUGAGAAUUCGCCCAAAGGGUCUACAUUCACUUAACUUGUAGGAUUCUCAUGGAAGAGUUGGCCUCAGAUUUACCAGGACGACUGGUCAGGUGGCUGAAAGCCGAGGUAGAUAUUCAUGUACAGAGCAUGUUCGUGUGUUGGGAUCGAGCAACAAGGUAGAUGUUUUUCGUCCCUUGAUGUCUCAAUCAAUCUUGCGGUGAAGACAUGUGAAUCGAUGACAAUGCAAGAUCGAGUCUUCCAUGACACCGAUUUCUCAACCGCGGACGAUCAGGUAUUUUUAACUGUACAAUAUGCAGGUUGUUGUGACAGGAGCUCAUGCAUUAUCUUGCUUAUCUUUUAAUGCUUGAGUCCGCGACUCUGAAGUAAAAUUGGACGGUCACCCAGCGAAAGCCGCGGUCAGCACACACUUUAUUGUCUCAAGCCAUGUUUUUGAAUGGGAGUGCCCAAGUAAAUAUGAAAGUGUACAUCAUCUUCAACUGAAGGGUCUGGAGUUCCAAGGCUGCACUGAGUUCACUUUGGAUCAAGUCAAAGGGUGCUCGGAUUUCUGAAUCUUUCACUUGAUCUCCCGCAAGCGAAGCAUGCACUUGGCAAAGAUAAGAAUAGAUAUAGAAGCAUAGGAUGUCAAGCAUAUGAAGCUUUUGCUCUGUGCAAUUGUUGUGGUCAUGCUCUGCUACACCAUCUACUUCCUAAGACAACGGCAUGAGAAUAACCGCGAGAUUUGUCAUGAGCAUAGUCCUGUCGUUUAUGCUGGUGUGGAGAAUGUGAAAUCAGUGACUUUGGUCUUCGGAGAUUAAGGUUCUGAUGGAUGUAGUCAGGCGUGAAUACUCUAAAACGCUGAUUGUCUUGCAUUUUAGCGGAAAUUGCUCUCCAACUGUGUGAGUGAUGCAGUGGCUACAAGCAGGAAUUUCUUUUAUGGCUGAAGGUUGAUAGUUGUCAGAGCUGUAUGAGCUCUAAUUUAUUUUUUAAGUCAAUAUCCAUCACUAGGAACUCAACAAGUAUGGAUGAUUGUCACGAAACAUCCCAAGAAUUUUGAUGCGUCAGAAGCUCGGUGCGCUAGAGACGUCAGUGGAUUGGUGGUGCAUGUGUGCUCUAAUAUGUUUAGAAAGUGGCUAUCCUUCCGCUAACAGUGGACUGUCACCAAUUUUUCAGUCCC